AUGGGCAAAGGUAUUAUGAAGGCAUUCCAGGCUUGUGGGAAAAAAAUGAAGGUAACUGUGGAUCCAUCGAUCGGAAGACCUAAAAGUAGAGACGAGUCUUCAAAGUUUUCUAGUCAGAUUGGUGUAGUCAACAGAGAUGUACUUUCGGUGCCAGUAAGGUGGAAAGAUGUUGAUGAAGAAAAAGAUCUUCAACCUGGUAUUGAUCAUAUAAAGAUCCACAUGGAUAUUAAUUUAGAUGAUCCGGGUGUAAAACGUUGCGUGAUUGAUAGAGUCCAAGCUAGUUCACGCCAAAAACGUUACAGACUGCAUAAACAUUACAAGAAAUAUUCGUCCCAUGAAGAAGCUAAGAAUAACAAGCCCUCUUUUUGUGCUAGUCAAGAAAAUUGGGAAGAUAUGUGUGAGCUUUUUGCCUCGCCUAAAUUCAAGCACCAAAGUUUGAUUAAUGUGACGAAUCGACAAAUGUUGCGUGCUCCACAUGUUUCAGGCCGAACACCUUUUAGUGUUCUUCGACAUGAAAUAUCUGAGAAGGAGAUGAAUGGAGGACCACUAGAUAUGAUUGAGCUCUAUAAGC